UCAACGCUCAACACCCGGAUGUGUGCGGCACUUCGACUGCAUAGUAGAAUAGCUGGAUCCACAUAAUAAACUGUUUGAUGGGAAUCAGAUCGCGGAUUACGACAAAAAAUGAAAUCAACUGAAUCAGUGCCGUUUUGGAAUCACUGACAGAAUGGAGGACGAUCUGGUUUCAGAGGAUGAUAUCUUGCUCCGGUCUGAGAAGGAAUUCCACGAUGCAGAGAGGAACGACACGGACAAAAUGCGGGAGCUGAUAAAGAAAGGAGUGGACAUCAAGGCCAAAAACAAAGUGAGCCGUACAGCGCUGCAUUGGGCGGCAGGGGCUGGAACGAGCAGGCUUACGUCUUUACUAGACCAUAAUAAUGAGGUGGAUGUGGAGGACAGUAAUGGGCUGGGUCUGCUGCACUGUGCCGCCCAGCGGGGUCAUAGCAGAGUGCUGGAGUUCAUCAUGGAGGACCUAGUAGAGGACGUACUGCUGGACCGGGUGGACAAUGAGGUUAUGAUCUGGAAGACAGCAUUUCACCUGGCUGCAGAACAUGGACAACUAGAGGUGGUUGAUUCCUCAUCGGUAUGGGUGUACUCACGCCUCAAGGAUAAGGAUGAAAACAUGGCCAUCCAUCUAGCAGCCAAGCAUGGACAUAAAGAGGUCCUGCAUAAGUUAGUUGAGACAGAGUGGACAUUGGACGAGAAACAUAGUGUGGACGGACUGACACCUCUGCACCUGUCCUCUGACGGAGGUCACUAUGAAUGUGUCAAACUACUGCUGGAGGGCUGUAAUGUCAACGCGCUGACAAACAAGAAUAUGAAUGCCCUCCACUACGUGGCCCAGCACGGCUUUGAGAGGGAGACCAGUCUGCUGCUGCAGGCGGGCGUCAACACAGACACGGUGGAUGGCCAACACACAUCCCCUCUUCACAUGGCCGUGCUCCACAACCACACUGAGGUGGUACGGCUGCUAAUAGAUGCUGAAUGUGACCUGGACAUAUCUGACAAUAGGCUCCAGACAGCCCUGCACAUCGCAGCAGAGCAUGGAAGACAGGACAUCGCUGAGAUGAUCCUCAUAGCUGGGGUUAACCUCAAACUACUGGAUAAGCAGGGGAAGACUUCUCUGGAGGUGGCAGCCAGAGGAAACAAUGUCAUCUUAGUGGACAUGAUCAUCAAAGCAGACCGGUUUUACAAGUGGGAAAAGGACAACGUGAUCAGCGAUGGUGAUUCGUGGCUGGGGAAGCAGCUGAGCUUUAAGCAGGACCACCAGGUGGAYACCCAGCACCUGCGCUCUGUCACGUGGAGGCUGGCCACCAAAGACCUAUCCCGCGGGGAGUGGAAGAGCCUCGCACAGCACUGGGGCUUCACGGAUGCCCACAUACGCUCCAUAGAGCAGCAGUGGACAGGUACAAAGAGCUUCAAGGAGCAUGGGCACCGUAUGUUGCUGAUCUGGCUGCAUYGAGUAGUCAUCGCAGGGGAGAACCCAAUCAAAGGCCUGUAUGAGGGACUGGCGGGGAUCUCCAGGACCGACCUAGCUGGUGAGUCAAUGGAACGGGGGACGGGAGUCAACACCCAUCAGGUAUUCGAACCGGAGCACCAGGGGUUGUCUUUAAUAGGCACAAUYGGCGAAAAGCAUUUUUUWAAAUAAAAAACAACWAUGGAUGUUCUUCCCUCUAGACCACACUGCUGUCUAGCCUGGGGGAMGUAG